UGAAAAAGGUAUUUGCGAAAGUUGACUUGCGCAUGUCAUUAGCAAACCACUUUCUGAACGGUGUCUUGUAUUCAAGGAAGCCGGAGAUAUUGAUAUGGUAGUAAGUAUUGGCUUAUGGAAAUUUACAAUUUUUUCUGGAUAGUUGUGUUUUUUUCAGCGUUUGUAAAGCAGCUUUAUGUGUAAUCAAAUAUAUUUGUUGUAAACAAUAAGUAGAUUUCAAGGCAUGUAUUGUUUUUCACGCUUUAACGUCGGAUUUGCUUUUGCCAUGACGGCGCUUAGUACGUGAAGCUAAUCGGCCAUCUUGGUCACUUUCUAUCUCGUCGAAGUUAAAUUAUUAAUUUGAAAACUUAUCAUAUACAUGAAUUCCUGGCAUAAUUGAAGUGCUACAAUGGAGACAAAUUUGAGUUCUGAAUUAAUAGUUCGAGCAUUGAAUUUCCACGGACAGCAACUACAGCGUCUUUGGGAAGGGGAAAGAGGAGAAGGUGACUUACCAAAACAGGGAGUUGAUGUUAAGGAACUGGAUUUUGAUGUUUAUCAACAGAGACAAAAACACUUAAGUUUUCAAGAUAGAGGCAAGCGUCUGAAGCUUCAACAGUUCAUUGUGAAGAAGGCUGCUGCGUUAUUUGAUACUUCAUUUGUUCAGCCAAGUGGAGAAUCUAAGGAAAAACAGCCUAAUGAUGAAGAUUGCUAUGCAGUAAUGCCUCCAUACGAAACGUUUUUACAAAUGGACAAACAAACUAGGCAGAAGCGUUUCUUGCAGAACUUGAAGAGAGGUGAUAUCGUCAUCUGCUCCAUCACGGGGAAGUCUGUGCCGGGAAUGAUGUUGAAGGUGUUGUGCACAGACGGAGAACAUGGAAGAUAUGCUGCGGAUCUGAAUGUGAAGGUAUUGUGUAAUUUUUAA